AUGCUGCCAGUCCAGCCUCUGCUCGCUGCGGUGCUCGCAGCCGGCUCGCUCCUUCAUCUUGCCUCCGCUCAAUUCGUGCAACCGCCCACGGAUCUCAUCAACGCCACUGGUCACCUAGAUAUCCCCGUGCGAUACAAGCAAGUCCCGACCGGAACCUGCGAGACGGAUCCCAACGUCAAGAGCUUCUCUGGAUACGUCGACGUCGAAGAGGAGGAGCACAUCUUCUUCUGGUUCUUUGAGGCGCGUAAUGGCAAUCCUCAAGAUGCACCGCUCACCGUCUGGAUCAACGGUGGGCCCGGCUCGUCCUCCAUGAUUGGACUGUUCCAGGAGCUCGGUCCCUGCUACGUAAACGCGAACGGCACCGUCGUCAACAACCUCUACGCUUGGAACAAUGCCAGCAACAUGAUUUUCAUCGACCAGCCAGCGACCACGGGCUUCUCGUACACCAAGCUCGUACCCGGCUACGUGGAUCCUUCCACAGAGUCGCUGGUUGUGCUGCCGGACCAAACGUGCCCGGAAUACGCUCAAGGUUCCGGCACGUGUGGAACCUACUCGGCACCCAACGUCACGCUGACAGCCAACUCGACCGAGUCCGCGGCCAAGAACUUCUACCGCACGCUGCAAGGGUUCAUGGGAGCGUUCCCGCAGUACUCGCGCGAAGACUUCCACUUUGCCACCGAGUCGUACGGCGGCCACUACGGUCCUGUCUUCAACGAGUACAUCGAGCAGCAGAACGCGCGCAACGAGACUGGAGCGCAUACAAUCAAGCUCAAAUCGGUCAUGAUCGGCAACGGCUGGUACUCUCCCGAGGUGCAGUAUGCUGCCUACUACAACUUCACCGUCUCGCCCGGCAACACGUACGACUACCGACCGUUCAACUCUUCGGUCGAAGACAUGAUGUACAACAACAUGUUCGGACCGGGCAACUGUCUGGAUCGUAUCCGCGACUGCUAUGCCACGGGUACAAACCAGGUCUGCGCCACUGCCGACACGUUCUGUGCCAGCAAUGUCGAGUCGAUCCUGGACACGUAUGCCAACCGGGACGAGUACGACAUUCGAGAGCUCUCACCGGAUCCCUUCCCAUACUCCUUCUACGUAGACUACCUGAAUACGCCAGGAUUUCAACAGGCAAUUGGAGCUUUCCAGAACUUCAGCGAGAGCUCGUCGACUGUCUCGAACGCAUUCAGCAACACAGGCGACGAUGGACGGGAGAGUGGAACCAUCGAGGACGUGCGCUCGCUUCUCGAUCAAGGUGUCCAGGUGGUCAUGUAUGCAGGCGAUGCUGACUACAAUUGCAACUGGCUUGGAGGCGAGGUCAUUGCGGAGCAAGUUGGACACAAGGGCUUCAGUCAGGCUGGAUAUGCGGAUCUCAAGACGUCCGACGGCGUCGUUCACGGCCAGGUCAAGCAGAGUGGCCAAUUCUCGUUCGUCCGCAUCUACGAGAGCGGCCACGAGGUUCCCUUCUACCAGCCUCUUGCCUCGCUCGAGAUGUUCGAGAGAGUGCUGAACGGCACUGACCUUGCCACAGGCCAAGAGAAAAUCCCGCAGAACAGCACCUACAAGAGCAGCGGGCCUGCGAAGAGCACCUACCGAGAGGGAAACAGCACGGUGCAGUUCGAGGUGCUCCCCGCGGAUGCGACUUACAACCACACUACGAAUGCGCCGAACAAGAGCACAAACACUUCGAGCGAUGCAGCCACUGAUGCAACUCGCAGGGCUAAGCGCGCUGGUGAAAUGUUGUUUCCAGCGAACUUUCAUGCUCUGAUGCUCCCCAAUUUCUACAGUAGAGAAUAG